UGUUGUUGUUUUUUUUGUUUGUUUCAAAAAGUUGACAGCGAUGAACGAACAUCAGACACAAUCAGAAGCUGAGAAGUGAAGUCGCUGUUUUUUUCUCUACAGGUGACAAUGAGCAGAAAGGGAAACAUGAUGUCAAAUUCAACACGUGAAGAGCUGCUCCUAAGAGCACUGAAAGAUCUGGGAGACAACGAGUUAAAAGAGUUCAAGUGGUACCUGCAAAAGUCUGACGUCCUGGAACGCUUCCCAAUAAUCCCAAAGAGCAGACUAGAUAAGGCAGACAGGCCAGACACAGUGGAUCAGAUGCUGCAAACAUACUGUGAAAACGUGCUUGAGGUCACCAAAAAGGUUUUGAGGAAGCUAGAUAGGAAUGACCUUGUGCAGAUUUUAAUUGACCCAAAUGCAGAACCUGAAGCAGAGGGUUUUGCUGAGUUCCAGAAAAACCUCAAAUCCAACCUGAUGAAAAAGUUUCAGGAAUCAGCUGAAAAACUUAAAAAAGGAGGUAAAUCUAAGCUUCAAAAUGAGACCUACACAGAGGUCUGCUUCAAAAUAGAAAACAGCCAAGAGGUCAACAAGGAACAUGAGAUCAGACUAAUUGAAAAAGCACACAGGAAACCAGACAGACCAGAAACAAGACUUCGAUGUGAAGACAUCUUCAAAGCUUCACCCAUUAAAGACAAACCAAUCAGAACAGUGCUGACAAAGGGAGUGGCUGGCAUUGGGAAAACAGUCUCAACACAGAAGUUCACUCUGGACUGGGCUAAAGACAAAGCCAACCAGGACAUCCACUUAACAUUUCUAUUCACUUUCAGAGAGGUGAAUGUACUGGAAGACAAAAAGUUCAGUUUGGUGGAACUUGUGAAUCAUUUUUUUACUAAAAACAAAGAAGCAGGAAUCUGCAGCUUUGAAGGGUUUAAGGUUGUGUUCAUCUUUGAUGGUCUGGAUGAGUGUCGGUUUCCUCUGGACUUCCACAAAACUGCGAUCCUGACUGAUGCUACAGAAUCCACCUCAGUCAGUGUGCUGCUGACAAAUCUCAUCCGGGGGGAUCUGCUUCCUUCUGCUCGCCUUUGGAUAACCACACGGCCUGCAGCAGCCAAUCAGAUCCCUUCUGAGUAUGUAAACAUUGUGACAGAAGUUAUGGGGUUCACUGAUGCUCAAAAACUAGACUACUUCAGAAAGAAAUUCAGAGAUGAGAAGCUUAUUGGCAGAAUGAUCUCUCAUAUCAAAACUUCACAGAGCUUAAACAUCAUGUGCCACAUUCCAGUCUUCUGCUGCAUCACUGCUACAGUUCUGGAGGAUAUGUUGAAAACUAAAGAUAAAGAUGAGCUGCCCAAGACCCUGACUGAGAUGUACAUCCACCUUUUGAUAUCUCAAGCCAAAGUUAAGAAGGUCAAGCAUCAGGGAGGAACUGAUGCUGAUCCACAGUGGAAUCAAGCAAGCAAGGAGAUGAUUCUGUCUUUGGGAAAACUGGCUUUUGAGCAGCUACAGAAAGCCAACCUGAUCUUUUAUGAAUCAGACUUGAAAGACUGUGGCAUCAAUGUCACAAGUGCCUCAGUAUAUGCAGGACUUUUUACAGAGAUAUUUAAAGAGGAGAGAGUGUUGCGCCAGGACAAAGUGUUUUCUUUUAUCCACCUGAGUGUUCAGGAGUUUCUGGCUGCUCUGUAUGUCCAUAUGACCUUUUUCAGUUCUGGACUCAAUCUGCUGGACGAACUCCAACAAUCAUCCUGGAUUUCUAGACUUUCAAGAAGUAAAUCUAAUCUCCACCAGAGGGCCGUGGACAAGGCCUUACAGAGCCCAAAUGGACACCUGGACUUGUUCCUCCGUUUCCUUCUGGGUCUUUCACUGGAGACCAAUCAGAUUCUCUUACAAGGCCUACUGAGAAAGACAGGAAGUAGCUCACAGGAAACAGUCCAGUACAUCAAGGAAAGGCUUGAUGAUGGUCUCCCUUCUGAGAAAAGCAUCAAUUUGUUUCACUGUUUGAAUGAAGUGAAUGAUCAUUCUCUAUUGGAGGACAUCCAAAAGUCAUUGAGUUCAGGAAAUCUUUACACGAAUGAUCUAUUUCCAUCUCAGUGGUCAGCUCUAGUCUUCAUAUUAUUAUCAUCAGAAAAUCUGGAUGUCUUUGACCUGAAGAAAUAUUCAGCUUCAGAGGAGGUUCUUCUGAAGCUACUGCCUGUGGUUAAAGCCUCCAACAAAGCUUUGUUGAGUUCUUGUAACCUGUCAGAGAAAAGUGUAAAAAUUCUGUCUCCAGUGCUCAGCUCCCAGUCCUCUUGUCUGAGAGAGCUGGACCUGAGCAACAACAACCUGGAGGAUUCAGGAGUGAAGAUGCUUUCUACCAUACUGGAGGGUCCACAUUGUCAACUGGAAACUCUCAGGCUGAUUGGCUGUAACUUGUCAUGGAGAAGCUGCGAAACUCUUUCUACAGUUAUCAGCACACAGUCCUUAAAUCUAAAAGAACUGGAUGUGAGCAACAAUGACCUGCAGGAUUCAGGAGUACAACUUUUAUCUGCUGGACUGGAGAGUAAUCACUGUGUACUUCAAACUCUUAGGCUAUCAGGCUGUCAAGUCACAGAACAAGGCUGUGCUGCUCUGGCCUCAGCUCUGAGUUCAAACCCUUCCCAUCUGAGAGAAUUGGACCUGAGCUACAAUCAUCCAGGAGACCAAGGCGUGACUCUCCUUUCUUUUGGCCUGAAGGAUAGACAAUGCCAAUUGGAAACACUCAGGUUGGACCAUUGUGGAGAACAGCGACUGAAACCUGGUCUGAGGAAGUAUUUCUGUGGGCUUGAACUGGAUCCAAAUACAGCGCACAGAAACCUCAAACUGUCUGACGACAACAAGAAGGUGACUGUGGUGAAAGAGGAACAGCCCUAUCCAAAUCAUCCAGAGAGGUUUGACUACUGCUGCUGGCAGGUGCUGUGUAAAAAUGGUCUGACUGGUCGUUGUUACUGGGAGGUGGAGAGGGAAGGGCAAGUUGUCAUAGCAGUGACGUACAAAAGAAUCAGCAGGAAAGGGAACAGUGCGGACUGCAGGCUCGGGUGGAAUGACCAGUGCUGGAGUCUAAUCUGCACUCAAGAGAAAUAUUCUUUUUGGCACAACAAGAGAGAACAUGUUGUCUAUCUUCCCUAUGGUGCUACUCUACCUAAAAGAAUAGCAGUGUAUGUGGACUGUCCUGCUGGUACUGUGUCCUUCUACCGAGUCUGCUCGGAAAAACUGUCCCUCCUGCACACCUUCCACACCACAUUCACCGAACCAGUCUACCCUGCCUUUGGGUUCGGGUUUGGGUUCUGGUCAUAUGAGUCCACUGCAUCUCUGUGUGAGUUGUAGGAGAGAGUCUGCUCCUGACUGCAAUCUACUGCUGAUGGUGGUUUUCACUCUGCACACCACAGACUAUAAACCAAAGGACCAUGUAGCAGUUACCCUCCUACUGAUUCUGCAUAACAGAGAGGUGGUCACCAGACGUUUGGUGGUGAAUGAAUGAAUGUCCUACCAAAGAGCUGAAAAUAAUGUA